AUGAGUGCUACUACGACUAUCAGACACAGGAGAUCUAUUUCUGAAAAAUUAGAGCAGUUAACUCCUGUUGCAAUUUCAAGCACGAUAAAAAGGUUAUACAGAUAUAGUGAACUUCCUGAAUGGCAACAAGACAAUGAUAAGAUUAUUACAGGGUAUAUCCGUGAAACUAAAAGUGUAAAGGAAUGUGUCAAAUCGUUAUUCUUAUUCCAUAAUGAAUCGAUAAACAUUUACUCUCAUUUGGUCCCGACUAUUACGUAUUUGGUGCUCCUUGUUGGAUUAGCAGAUAUGUUUCUCGUCCCUCAAUUUCCAAACUCUACUAUGAUGCAAAGUGUUAUGAUCCAUUUCUUCCUAUUGGGUUCGGUGCUGUGCUUAGGAUGCAGCAGCUUUUUCCAUUGCUUAAAGCAGCACUCCGAAUCGCAUUGUCAUAUCUGGUCUAAAGUGGACUACAUGGGAAUCAUUAUUAUGAUUACGUGUUCCAUUAUCUCAUUGUUAUACUAUGGAUUCCACGACCACAUUUUCCAUUUCAAAUGUUUCACCGUAUUCACCGUUAUUCUGGGAACUAUCUGCACUGUGUUUGCACUACACGACAAAUUUAACUCAAAGACUUUUAGACCCUUCAGAGCAAUGUUUUACGUGACAUUCGGUUUGAGUGGGAUAGUUCCAAUUGUUACUGGGUUUUGGAAAUUUGGUGCAUAUGAGGCCAUUCGCAGAGUUCAAUUGAAGUAUGUUUUGUUAGAAGCGAUGUUCUAUAUUGCCGGUGCAGUGAUUUACGGGUUCAGGUUCCCAGAAGUGUUAGCGCCUGGGAAAUUUGAUUUCGUCGGACACUCACAUCAAAUAUUUCAUAUAAUGGUGGUUUUAGGCUCCAUCUGUCAUUUCAGAGCCAUCCUCGGAUCUUAUGUUUUCAUGCAUACUGGUAUGCAUCACUCGAGCUUUGUCUUCAUAAGAUGA